CCAGCCUCUCCCGGAGCACUCGCAGGCACUGUGCCCUGGCGCAGCCGGGCCAGGCCCACCAUGAGUUCCCAGGGUUACCCGUUGGAAAUCCGAGGGAAGAACUGCUGUAUCUUCCCGGUGGAAGCCAUCGCCCAGGUGCUGCCGCCUGUGCUGGUGCUGGAGUUUGUGUUUGGGCUCCUGGGCAAUGGCCUGGCGCUGUGGAUUUUCUGCUUCCAUCUCAAAUCCUGGAAAUCCAGCCGGAUUUUCCUGUUCAACCUGGCCGUGGCUGACUUUCUCCUGAUCAUCUGUCUGCCCUUCCUGACCGACAACUACUUGAAGAAGUGGGACUGGAGGUUCGGGGACCCGGCUUGCCGGCUGAUGCUCUUCAUGCUGGCCAUGAACCGGCAGGGCAGCAUCAUCUUCCUCACGGUGGUGGCCGUGGACAGGUACUUCCGGGUGGUGCAUCCCCAUCACGCGCUGAACAAGAUCUCCAACCGCACGGCGGCUGUCAUCUCCUGCCUCCUGUGGGUCCUCACCAUCGCCCUCACCAUCCACCUCCUCUACACCCAGAUGCAGGUCCCCUACCUCAACUCCAAAUUCCACCUGUGCAGCAGCUUCAGCAUCUGCGACUCCUUCGGAUGGCACGAUACCAUGUUCCUCCUGGAGUUCUUCCUGCCCCUGGCCAUCAUCCUGUUCUGCUCGGUCAGGAUCAUCUGGAGCCUGCGGCAGAGACAGAUGGACAGGCACGCCAAGAUCAAGAGGGCCAUCAACUUCAUUCUGGUGGUGGCUAUCGUCUUCAUCAUCUGCUUCCUGCCCAGCGUGGCUGUGCGGAUACACAUCUUCCGGAUGCUGCGCAAUUGGGGCACCCGGAACUGCUCCAGGUACUACUCAGUGGACCUGGGGUUCUUCAUCACGCUCAGCUUCACCUACAUGAACAGCAUGCUGGACCCCGUGGUGUACUACUUCUCCAGCCCGUCCUUCCCCAACUUCUUCUCCGAGCUCUUCAACCGCUGCCUGCGGAGGACACCCACUGGGGAGCCAGACAACAACCGCAGCACCAGCAUGGAGCUCACGGAGGAGCCGGGCAGCAGCAGGGGCGCCCCGGAGGCGCUGAUGGCCAAGCCCUGCGAGCCCUGGAGCCCCUCUUGUCUGGACCCCAGCUCGCGUUAAGUGGCCAGGCUACCGAGGGAGACGAUCACCAGGAAGCGAGACCUCUGCAGAAGCACACAGUGACAUCCCUGGACUUGG